UCUCUCUACAUUCAUACAAUUCGAUUCUAGAGAGAGAGAGAGAGAGAGAGAGAGAGAGGAAUGGCGAAUAGGGUAACCCAAGAUGCGAUUUCGACUCUACUGGCAAACCCAUCUCCGGAUUCUUUAUCGGAACCCCAGGAAAUCGUGGUCCAAGUCCUCGAUCUGAAGCCUACCGGAAGUAAAUACAUGUUUACGGCUAGUGAUGGAAAAAUGAAGCUAAAAUCACUUUUACAAUCUAGUUUGUCGUCCGAAGUCAUGUCCGGAAAUAUUCAGAACUUGGGUCUCAUUUCCAUUCUUGAUUAUGCAGUCAAUGACAUUCCAACAAAGAAUGAGAAGUUUUUAAUUGUCAUAAAAUGCGAGGCGGUAUCUCCUGCUCUUGAAUCAGAGAUCAAGAUUGAGCAGAAAAGUGUAGAAUCUAACAUUAUUCUGAAACCAAAACAAGAAAUUGGUAUCAAGAGUGAGCCAAAAAGUGCAGGUACUGGCAUAAUUUUGAAGCCAAAGCAUGAAAUGGUUGCUAAAUCAGCAGCUCAGAUAGUACAUGAACAGAAUGGGAAUAUGGCACCUUCUGCGCGAAUGGCAAUGACAAGAAGAGUUCAUCCACUUGUUUCUUUAAACCCAUACCAAGGAAAUUGGACCAUAAAAGUCCGGGUUACAGGCAAAGGAAAUAUGAGGACUUACAAAAAUGCCAGAGGAGAAGGCUGUGUUUUCAAUGUAGAGUUAACCGAUGAAGAUGGUACACAAAUACAAGCAACAAUGUUUAAUGAAGCUGCAAAGAAGUUCUUUGACAAGUUUCAGUUGGGGAAGGUUUAUUACAUUUCAAAGGGAACACUAAAAGUUGCUAAUAAGCAGUUCAAGACAGUCCAGAAUGACUAUGAAAUGACUUUAAAUGAAAAUUCUGAGGUGGAGGAAGCAAGUAAUGAAGCAGCUUUUAUUCCUGAAACAAAAUUCAAUUUUGUCCCCAUUGAUGAAUUGGGUCCAUAUGUAAAUUCAAACGAGCUUGUAGAUGUUAUUGGUGUGGUUCAAAAUGUGUCUCCAACAUUGAGUAUUAGAAGAAAAAUUAACAACGAGACUAUUCCAAAACGUGACAUAACUAUUGCAGAUGAGACGAAGAAAACAGUUGUGGUGUCUCUAUGGAAUGAUCUCGCUACUAACAUUGGACAAGAACUGCUGGAUAUGUCUGAUAAGUCUCCUGUAGUUGCAAUUAAAUCCCUGAAAGUUGGAGACUUUCAAGGUGUAUCUUUGUCAGCCUUGAGCAAGAGCAUUGUAGUGGUAAAUCCAGACACACCUGAAUCGAAAAAGUUGAGAUCUUGGUAUGAUUCUGAAGGUAAAGAGGUUUCAAUGGCUUCUAUUGGAUCUGGAAUGAGCUCCACAACCAAUACUGGAGCAAGAUCUAUGUACAUUGAUCGUGUCACUCUUUCUUACAUAACCCAAAACCAAUCCUUGGGUGAGGACAAGCCGGUAUUUUUCAGCAUGAGAGCAUACAUUAGUUUCAUCAAGCCAGAUCAAACUAUGUGGUAUCGUGCUUGUAAGACAUGCAACAAGAAAGUUACUGAAGCUAUUGGAUCUGGGUAUUGGUGUGAAGGAUGUCAGAAGAAUGAUGAAGAGUGCAGUUUAAGAUAUAUAAUGGUAGUGAAAGUCUCUGAUGCAAGUGGUGAAGCUUGGCUCUCUGUGUUCAAUGAACAAGCAGAGAAAAUUAUUGGGUGCUCUGCUGAUGAACUUGAUAAACUCAAAUCCCAGGAGGGAGAAGGAAAUCCUUUCCAACUGAAACUGAAAUCAGCUACAUGGGUACCUCAUCUUUUCCGAGUCAGUGUUACACCACAUGAGUACAUGAAUGAGAAAAGGCAAAGGAUAACAGCCAGAGCAGUUGCGCCAGUUGAUUUUGCAGCUGAAUCCAGGUUUUUGCUAGAGGAGAUAUCAAAGAUGAAAGUGUCUCAAUAGUGUUUUGUCUUUUGGUUUUGUUGAAACAUGAUGCUUUUUUGCACCAUGACUUCGUAUUAUUGUUAUGUUUGAACAUGAAGUCUAAUCUUGGUUAGGAAGUGACUAUUGUAAUA